AUGAAUCUGUUUGUUUGUGCCCUUUUGCUUUUCCUCUUACAUACGAGUGAUUCCGAGGACUGCGUUAUAGACAACCGUUCACGCAAAACAGCGUGGGAGCAGCAGCUGCGGAAGGACCUCAUCCUCUGCAGCGACCGGUACGAACCACCCGACAUAAACAACACCGAAGUAUUUCUCAAAUUGAUGCUGAAAUCGUUCUACUUCGACAGCAAAGAGGAAAUCCUCUCCAUAAACACUUGGCUCCCAAUUUUCUGGAGGGACCCGAGGCUCGCUUGGAAGCCAGAAGAGUACGACGGCAUCACAGAGGUCCUUUUACCUAGCAUGCUCAUUUGGACCCCCAAGCUGAAACUCUUCAACGCCGUCGGGACAGCGAGCUUCGACGAAAUCGAUUUCUACGUGAACCAUUGCCGCAUCCACAACGAUGGUAGUGUCGCGUGCAUACCUCGGAUUCUACACCAGUCCGUUUGCAGCACGAAGCUCAAGGACUGGCCUUAUGAUACCCAAAACUGCACAUUCAAGUUUGGAACUCGUUCCAAGAGGGAACGCGUCACAUUCACCUUGAAUUCGUCCCGACCAGCCGACGAUGCAGUAGUGCUAGCUGCCGAGUACGGCCCCGGCUGGAAUAUAAUUGAUCAGACCAGUGGCGAAGAUCCAAACGCGACGGUUCAGUUCUACUUCACAUUCGUGUUAAAGCGCCAUGGUGUAGGGCUGGCUGCGGUCGUGGUUGCGCCCCCGCUAGUCCUGUCAGCCCUGAUUCUCACGUCCAUGCUGAUGAAUGUCGACGACGGGAUCCGUUUGGCUCUACUCUGUUUCAGUCUGCUUAGCCAGCUCUUCUUCCUGCAAGAAAUCAGCAGUGACAUACCAAAGAACGGUGCCGACACGCCUACAGUCCUGUUCUAUCUGCGCUCUACAAUAAUUUUGACUCUAAUGGCAAUUGGAAUAACGUUCAUUUUGCGCCACCUUAAAAGAAAAAGCAGCCCACCACCUAUAAUUAUAAUGGUGUCGACCGAGAAAAUCUACAAUUCGCACGGAAAAUGUUUGAUUUGGCCCCGAAUGGACGGAUUUGCGAAGGAUUGGUCUGGUAUAGCCCACGACAGGGAGGAGUGGAAGAAAUGGAAGGAGGCCUUUACCCAA